AUGCAUCAUUUUAUUGCAAUUAAAGCCAUCGAUGAUAAAUCUUCCGAGUUGAGGUCUAUUAGUUUAAAGAUUCAUGAAAAUCCAGAAUUAGCUUAUAAAGAGAAAUUUGCUCAUGGUUUGUUGGUAAAAUAUCUACAAGAUCAAGGAUUUAACGUAACUCCUUCUGCAUACGGUCUCGAGACGGCGUUUGUUGCAGAAUUUCAAUCCAAAGCUGGUCGAGGUAGAGUUGUUUCAUUUAAUUCCGAGUAUGAUGCUCUUCCUAAAAUCGGUCACGCUUGUGGUCACAAUCUGAUUGCAAUUAGCGGAGUUGCUGCUGCAAUUGCAUUAAAAGCUGUAUUUGAAAAGCAUCAGAUUCCUGGAACAGUGAAAUUAUUUGGUACUCCGGCCGAAGAAAAAGGAAAUGGCAAAAUUGAUUUAGUGAACGCGGGUGCUUACAAUGAUGUUGAUAUUUCUUUAAUGGUUCAUCCAGGUCCAAUUGAUGGAUGUUUCAUAAAGUUUCUAGCACUUCAGUCUUUUAUUCCUGAUUAUACUUCAUCGGAAUAUUUUAUUCGUGGAAGGACUAUUAAGGAUUUGACCGAUCUGAGACCACGCGUUCAGAAAUGUUUUGUAGCAGCCGCCGUAGCUGCUGGAUGCACAAAGGAAAAUGGAGCCAAAGAUCCUAGCAUCUCCUGGAAUAAGGAAAUCUUUGAUGUGAAAAUAAAUGUUCCUUUGGGUAACAGAUAUGAGGAGCACCUUAGGAAAUUUGGAGUCACCUUUCCGACAAAGGAAGAGCAAGACGUUUUACCUGCAGGUUCAACAGAUCAAGGACGCGUUACUUAUUUGGUUCCUGGUAUCCAUGCGAUGUAUGAUAUCAAACCUCCCAAAGGGAGUGCAAAUCAUACGCCUGGUUUCACAGGUGCUGCUAAAACCAAAUUUGCGCACGAAGCCACGCUAACUGCCUCAAAGGGAAUCGCGUUAACUGGUAUAGAUUAUUUGGUCGAUGAUGGUUUUGCUAGACUAGUUAAGUCGGCCUUUGAUGGUAAACUUUCUUGA